AUGACGAUGGAGUCUCAAGCCGCCGAGACGCUCGCAGACAAGAUUGCCCUGCCUCCCAGUGACUGGCCGCAGUUGAUCCUCAACCUCCAUGCGCAGAUCACAAGUAAACUUGGCUCCACAGGAUGCCUCGAGUGGCUCGGGUUAUCGGCGACAGGAUCCUUGGCCAGAGGCCGCCUGCUGGACUACGCAGCGGGCCACAGUCUCGUCACCGAGGCGCUUGUGCACCACUUUACAGCGGCCGUCGGUAUCGACGUCUCCGAGGCCAUGGUCGAUCAGUACCGCGCGGAAGAGUUGAGUCCCAUCCCGGUUGUGAAAAAGAAGGCUCAACUUUUCUGCGUGAUAGCCACCAAGAAGUAG